AUGUCUGCAAGGGAAUAUGUGAGAAUGGAAAAACUAGGAGAGGGCACAUACGCCACUGUGUAUAAAGGCAAAGAACGAAGGUCUGGUGAAACUGUAGCUUUAAAAGAAAUUCAUUUAGAUUCAGAGGAAGGUGCUCCUUCGACGGCAAUUCGGGAAAUAUCAUUGAUGAAAGAAUUGAAGCACCCAAACAUUGUGAAACUUAAGGAU